AUUCGCCGCGGGUCGAUUCUAUCUGGGUCACCCAUUCCGCAGCAGCUCGUCUUAUCUUAUCUAAAUAUUGAUUUCCAAUUCCAAUACGGCUACGCCUUGCCUACCGCUCGAGGUUCUCUCGGUCUAUCUAUCGCUCUCCGAUUCGUGUUGGGGUUCAAAUGUUUGUUUGGGGCCAAAAACCGACCCCCGAGGGGAGGUGGGACAGUGGAACACCACCAGCUAGAAAUUGUUUCAAAUUCUCCGACAAACGUUGCCUCAGAUGGCAGGAAAUCGAGGGCAUCGGGGGUUCUACUGUACAAUGCGUUCCCUUUGAAGCUGCUGUUGUAUACCGAGGGCGCGGGAGAACGGGCAAUAACAAUUGAAGCAUUCGCAUCGAGGAGCGUCACCACCCCGUAGAACACCCGCUGGAUUCGUAGUCUAGGUUCCAUUUGCAGAUCGCUUAAUCGUCGUCGUCGCCUGGCCUUUCGAGACCUCCGAGGUAGCAAUAACAGAUUUCGUAUCAGACCGUUUCGUUAUUUUUCUUAUUAAAAUUAAUGCGUUUCGAAUUGUACCGGAACACAAUAAUCAUUUAUGAAAUUGAUUUAUUCGUUUCAGCUAAACUGACAGUAACCCAGUGCCGCCAACAGCCUGUGCUGAUCCAGCUAUCGCUACUGCUACUACUACUACUACCACUACUACAGCUGCUACUGCGAUAGUCCAUCUCGUUCCGGUCCGUAAGGUCUAAUUGCAACAUAAUGGAUAAACACGCGGCGGCGACCUAUCAAUGACCCUAGCACGGCGCUGUAUGUGACAUCGCUAGCUAUCAGAGAUCGUUUGCAAAGAGCAAAAGGAUGAGAAACAGUGCGCGCGUUUCCGAUCGCUUCGCACGAUAAUAUAGAGGAAAAAAAACAGAUACUAUGACGAUUCGAUCCAUUGCGUCGCUCGUUCGUCGGAAACUGUUGUAAGCCGCCACCAUCGACGCUGUCGCCUCCGGGCACACGCCACAGCACCAAGGAGAUUGGCCUACCUUGGCCCACCACGGACACACGCACCUGUACGCGGUGUAAGCGUCUUGUAACCGACGGUGGCACUGGCCAGGUACAGGUGUCCAUUUCGCUUCCGGCUCGUGGGACGCGGAAUAGAAACAAGAGCACGCGAGCACGAGCAACGGUGAAGCGUCCAUCACGAACCACACGACGUCGCCGUCUUCAGCACCACCACGUCACUCCUAGACCAUCAAUGGAACGACGAACGACGGUCUCUACCGGUUGCAGUAUGGCCAUCAGCACCACCACCACCACCACCACUAGUACCGUGGUACGGUUCGGUGUUACGAUGCUGCUUCUAGUAUUGCUGCAGCUACUACCAACACCAACCGAUGCAGCCGGUCUAGCGAACUGUCCACUCGGAUGUCAGUGCGACGACGAUACGCUCGUGGUGACGUGUGAAGAGGGUCAGCUGGAUGUGCUACCGAUCGUCCUUAACCCCUCGCUCGAACGACUAGUCAUCAAGAACAACAAAAUCAAAACCAUCGACUCAUCGAUGGUGUUCUACGCCGAGCUGACGUUCCUCGAUCUCAGCUACAACCAUCUGUUCAAUAUGCCACCGCGUACCUUCGCCUACCAGAAGAAGCUAACGGAGCUACACCUGAACCACAACAAGGUCGGUUCGGUGACGAACAAAACGUUCGUCGGGCUCGUCGCACUGACCGUGCUCAAUCUGCGCGGUAAUUUCCUCGACGAGCUAACCGAAGGUGUGUUCGCCGGUAUUCCGAAGCUCGAGGAACUGAACCUCGGUCAGAACCGGAUCGCCAAGAUCGAUCCGAAAGCGUUCACUGGGUUGGCCAACCUUAAGGUGCUCUAUCUGGAUGAUAACACCAUCAGCACCGUUCCUUCACCGGCCUUUACGCCGCUCCGGGUGCUCGCCGAGCUCUACCUAGGGCUGAACUCAUUUUCCUCCAUCCCUAAGGAGUCAUUUGCGGCGCUACCGGGCCUUAGUCGGCUCGAUUUAAAAGGUGCCGCCUUACAGAACGUCACGCGUGACAGUUUCCGGGGUUUAGAGCAACUCCGUUCACUCGAUCUGUCCGACAACCGGUUGAACCGCAUCCCGACGAGCGAACUGGCACCACUGGACCGGUUAGAAGAGCUCGCACUGGGCCAGAACGACUUCGAGAGUGUACCGGCCGGUGCGUUCGCCGGUUUGGGGCAACUGCGACGACUUGACAUCUCCGGUUCGCUAAAGCUACAUCGCAUCGAAAGUGGAGCGUUCGCUUCGAACACAAACCUGGAGGAGAUAACGCUCGCCUCGAAUAAGGCCUUGUCGGAGAUACAGGAGGGAGCACUCAGUGGGCUACCGCAUCUGCGGCGAAUCGUACUUCGAGACAACGCGCUGACAACACUCACCGAUGGGUUGUUUACGUGGAACGAACUGAUCGAGCUCGAUCUGUCCGAGAAUCCGUUACUGUGCGAUUGUCAAAUGCUGUGGCUACGGAAUCUGCUCGUCAGCCGGACCGGUAACGUCAGUGGCAUGGGACAGGAUGGAGUGCCCGUAUCGGCUGCAUCUUCCUUGUCGUCAUCGGUAGCCGGUCAGAUUCCGGUCAUUUGUGCCGCUCCGGAUCGAUUGCGAGAACAAGCGCUACAGAGCCUAUCACCGGAGUUGCUCGGCUGUACGCAUCCGGAUCAUCGACAGCAGGCCAUCAUCUGUGCCGUGCUGGUCGGUGUGGCCGCUCUGCUCACAACGCUUGCCCUCGUCAUCUACAAGUGCCGCCGGUGGAUCCAGAAGAUGGUCAAAGGAAGCUGGGGUAGCAACGGUAUCGGACGUAAGGAGCGCGAGUAUCAGAAGACGUUCUCGGAGGAGGACUACUCGGCACGGGGCCAUCCACACGCGUUGCCUGGCGGUAUCGGUGGACCGGGUAGUGGUGCCGGUGGACUCGGCAUCCAUCCGACGACACUGAACAACUACCAGAUCAACAACCAUCACCAUCAUCACCAUUCGCACGGUAUCAGGCAUAUACCGGUCACGGAACUAUAGCUAGAGGCUCCCCCUCCACCACCUCGGAGGGGAGGUCCACCUUCAGCAGCAGCAGCAGCAGCAGCAGCAGUGGUAGGAGGAGGAGUAAGCGGUCCCGUCGGUGCCAAUCAGCAGACUACGGCUACCAGCUUCCA